AUGCGCGUCAUCGUCUUUGGUGCAUCGGGCGUCCAGGGGCGUCAUCAAGUCCACGCCCUCGCCCGAGCAGGCCACUCUGUCGUCGCCGUGAGCCGCAACCCGAAUCCCGUUUUGGUAGACGGAAAGGACGUGGAGACGUUUGCCGCAGACUUUACCGACCAUGAUGCCAUCGCAAGAGUGCUCCAAGGCGCGGACAGGGUCUUUCUCAACCUCCCGAGUACCUCGUUCAACCAAUCCGAGCCCAUCAUCGCGGCGGCCAAGUACAUCGGGGAAGCCGCAAAGAAGGCCAACGUUCCGUUGAUUCUGUUCAACACGAGUAUGCCGGUACCGAAGUUAUCUCAAGACAUCGUAGCCCAGGAAGAUCGGAGGGAGAUGAGGAGGUUAUUGAGGGAGUCUGUACCGACCAUCAGUAUUGAGCCCGUGGUUUAUCUCGACAAUCUCCUCGAAGGCUGGGCUCUACCUCCGAUCCGCGACCGCAACACCGUUGUCUACUGCCACAAGCCCGACCUGCGCGUGUCGUGGAUCUGUCACCACGAUGUCGCGCAGAUCAUGAUGGCCGCUAUGGAGCAUCCUGAGCUUGCUGGCCGCGACAUCCCUAUUGGCGGUGCUGAAACCGUUGUUCUUUCUCAACUAACCGAGAAGCUAUCGAGAGCUUGGGACAAGCAGCUGGGUUAUGAGAAUCAGACUGUUGCGGACUUUUGCGAUAAGAUUGGCAAGGCGAUGCAGGGGCGUGGUCUGGAUACGGACACGAUUGUUAGUCAGAUGUUCAAGGCGUAUACGUAUUACAACGAGGCGGAAGAUGAGCCGUUCAAUGUUGAUAUGAAGCCUGUGGUGGACGAACUAGGAGUCAAGCUGACGCCAAUUGAGGAGUGGGCUAAGAGGAGGAACCCAUGGGAUGACAAAGGCUACUAUUAG